AUGGCGGUGGACAUCACGCUGCUGUUCCGGGCCAGCGUCAAGACCGUGAAGACACGGAACAAGGCGCUGGGAGUGGCGGUGGGCGGCGGGGCUGAUGGCAGCCGUGACGAGCUUUUCCGCCGGAGCCCUCGGCCCAAGGGCGACUUUUCCAGCCGGGCCCGCGAAGUGGUGAGCUGUAUUGGGGAAAUCAAUGAUUUCCUUUUGGAGCAUAGAAGGGAAAAGGUAACUAACUACAGCCAUAUCAUGUCUGAAUAUGGGAGGAUGACAGACACGGAGCGGGACCAGAUAGAUCAGGAUGCUCAGCUGUUCAUGAGGACCUGCUCAGAAGCCAUCCAGCAGCUGCGAGCAGAAGGUACCGUGCUCUGGAAGACACCAACAGACGACCUGAAUACAUCUAAGCUGGAGCCAGAACCCAGUGCAAAGACAAGAGAGCCCAUAUCUUCUGAGACUGAUUCACAAAACCCUCUGCAAGACUCUGAAGAAAAACCUGUUGCUGACGAGUAUCCAGGUUCCCAUUCGCCGAGCAGCUCCGCAGACAGUACCAGUGCCCCUCAGGACAACCCUCGGGGGUGUAGGUUCCCCAGCUUCGCCCAGAUGAGGCUUCUCAGAGAAGCUGAGUCACCUGCCCCAGGCGAGAAGCUCCUACCAGUGCGCCCUGGACGUCUGCGUGGGUCUGCUGGACCCUGCAGCCCGCGGUACACAUGCCGCCUCAAGGAGUCCCUGCGUUUAUCCAGCGAGAGACUCCAUCUGCACCACGGCUCGAUGAGCCCAGAAGACGCCAGAAGGAAGGCCUCCCCUCUGGGAGCGGCUGGCACGGGCCAGUUUGAACAAGAGAACCAGCGACUCAUCGGCGAAAUGAGCAGCCUGUUUGAGGAAGUGAGGCAAAUUGAAGGAAAAGUGGUUGAAAUCUCCAGGCUUCAAGAGAUAUUCACGGAAAAAGUUUUGCAACAGGAAGCAGAGAUUGACAGCAUCCACCAGCUGGUUGUGGGGGCGACAGAGAACAUAAAGGAGGGCAACGAAGACAUAAGAGAGGCCAUCAAGAACAACGCUGGCUUCCGCGUGUGGAUCCUCUUUUUCUUGGUCAUGUGUUCUUUCUCCCUGCUCUUCCUGGACUGGUACGACAGCUAG